AUGAGGCAAGUGGAGUUGCAAUUUUGUUGUUUACCAGUAUGCUUCCUGCUCCUCGUCUCUAUCCCCGCUACUCACUCAACCGACGCCUGUCAGCAUCCCCAGCCCAUUCCACACUUCAGGUCACUCCUCCGCCCUGACUACUCUCACCUCAUCGACCUCCUCCACUUCACGCACUCGAAAGCACCUAACUGCCCAUCGGUCUUCGCUAUCCCCGCCGUCACACAGACGUCUAAACUAAGUACAACAGAACGCUUCAUCAUUGGGCCUUUCGACAACAUGAGUGCAAAUCCUCUGCCCUACAAGUUCAAGAAACUCUCUGGUCGCAUAGACAAGCUGGAGGCCUCAAGCGCGGAGGCCCAUGGGGUGGCGAUGCAAACCCAGGGAGAGUUAAAUAUCCUGAUGAAGUGCGCGACACUUACGGAUACCUGCGAGAUUUGCAUUUCGGGAAUUCUGAAAUGCUUUUCUGAGAAUUGGGCCGGCUCCAUCCACACUGUUCUAGAGCUGACUGAUAAUCUGCAAGCACUCAAUCACAUCUGCAGUCAGUCCAUCGACACAAGCUGUGUUGGUGGAGUUGACCUGGCCCCUAAAGAGCAUUUGCUCGUGGAUUCUGAGCCACAAAUGGACCCUGUGAAUGCGAUGACUGGCGUAGUUAAGAGCGAACCAUCUGGAUCUAUUGCUUACAACGCUGGUCCACAAUACGACAUUGUGAUCGGGGCUGAUGGAUUGUCAUUGAGAUGGAAUUUGCAGUCUCCUGCUGAACAUAUGGCUAUGCUUUUUAAAGCCAUCACGAAGUCAAGUGCUGAAACCAAUGGAGAUGUGCUCACGGAUUUCUUCACUGUCCUCCAGGAUACUGCUACUCGAUUUUCCGAUAUUGUUGUUGCUGGAGACUUAAACUCUGACCUGCUACGGCAUGAAUACUAUUCGUCUCACCUGCACAAUCUAAUAGCCGAGAAUUCGUUGUACCUUGUUCCCUUUGGAGCGACACAUCAUUGUGAUGCGACCCAUACCUGGUUGGAUGUGAUCUUGACAGGCACGAGAGACAGGGUCUUGUCUUCGCGAUUAUCUGAUGUGCCUUUCAUAAAUAGCCAUGAUUAUCAGAUUGUGGACUACAAUAUUUCCUUCAUUCGAAGGGAUGUGCCAUGCAUGACGCGUGACUUUCGGUUCUUUUCCGCGUCGGAUUUUAAUGGCGAUGUUGCCAUUGGUCAGUGGGUUCGUGCUGAGCGGCUUCACGAUUCCGGUAUGGUGGAUGAUGUCAACUCUUGCCUGGAUAAUUUCUAUGUAACGGUGACUGAUGCGCUUGAUCUUCAUGCACCGAUGAGGCUGCGUGUUUCGAGCCACCGUCCACCUGCACCUUGGUUUGAUGCGUUGUUAAAGGACAGAUGCAAGCAGCGUGAUCGUUUGUAUGGGGUGGCUCGUAGAACUGGUGAUUUGGCUUUGCUCGCCGAAUACCGCCGUUUGCGUGCGGUUCUAAAAAAAUAUAUUAGCGCUGCUCGUGACAGGUUUUUGGCGAAGGCUUUGGAGGAUGAAAGAAAUCCUGCCCGCUGCUGGCAGAUUAUGCGCAGACAUGGUCUUCUUCAGCAGACCCAGGGAUCUCCGUUGCAAUCUUUGUCUGCUGAUACGGUGGCACGGUACUUCUCUUCUACGUCGUGUGCUCAUCCUCCUUAUAGUGUUCAAAAAUUAAGGGAAGUCUUGCUGCAGCCAUCUAACGUUGUCUCUGAGUUUUCGCUAGCUCCGAUUUCGCGCGUGGAGGUUGGUCAGGCUAUCAUGCAGUGUUGUGGAAAGACCAAGGGCCAUAGUUUUGACGGUCUGUCGUUUGCUUGUUUUCGUGAAUCACUAUUCUUUUUAAAUUCGUUUUUGACACACCUUUUCAAUAUGUCGUUUGCCACGUGCACCUACCCAUCGUCCUGGAAGAAGUCUGUAAUCGUCCCUCUUUCUAAGGUACCUCAUCCGAUUGACCCUUCUGACACCCACCCGAUUGCUAACCUUACCCAUUUGGCUAGGGUUCUUGACGUUCUAGUUGCGCGAAGAGUAUAUGAUUAUCUGGAGGAGAAUUCCUUGCUAUCGCCAAUGCAGUCGGGGUUCCAGGCUGGCUUUAGUACCCAGACUGCUUUAUUGAAGAUCACCGAAGAUAUUCGCCUUGGUAUGGAGCAUGGCAUGGUGACCAUUUUAGUCUUGUUUGAUUUUCGAAAGGCGUUUGAUUCCAUUGGCCACGAACUAUUGUUGCGAGAGAUGGGUGGCAUGGGGUUCUCGGCGGACACUCUGAAAUGGUUUUUCUGUUACCUGUCGGAUUGCUUGAAAGAAUGCUCUCAGGUGGUGGUGAAGCCCGAUGGAAGACACACGUCCUUCAUGCUGGCCACUUCUGGGGUACCCCAGAGCACUACUUUGGGUCCGGUUUUAUUUUUAAUUUUUAUCAACUCUAUACUCUCCGUCCUCCAUCAUAGCGUGGGUGUACUCUUUGCUGAUGAUUUACAAAUUACCAUCCAGUGCAAACCUUCAGACCUCCACAAGACAAUUGGUGUACUCAACGACGACAUUGAGAGCAUUGUAUUUUGGUCGUCGGCUCACGGCUUGGCACUGCACCAUGGCAAGAUCUUGGUGACCCUUAUCGGUACUUGCCAGCAAUCGAUGCGUGUGGACGAGGUGCUUUUGCCCCCCAUCUUGGUCAGCGGAAGCGUGAUCCCUUUGUGUAGUAAGAUCAAGGACCUUGGCGUGUUGAUUUCUAAUGACCUGCCCUGGAAUGCACAUGUCUCUGCUAUUUGCUUCCGAGUCCACGGUACACUAUACAGGUUGCGGUACAAGGGUCGAUCUUUCUUAUGUAGAAUCAAAUUGACACUGACAACGACCCUCAUCAGGCCCCGCUUUGAUUAUGCCUGUUUGGUGUACAUGAGCCUCUCUGGUUACCUUGCCAUUAAACUGGACCGUCAGUGUAAUACAGUAUUGAGGUAUAUUUUUAACCUCCGCCGUGAUACUGCUAUGUUGCCUUAUUAUGCUAGGUUGGGUUGGCUACGCUCUAGUAAAAGACGGGACUAUUUUCUUAGUGUAGCAAUAUAUAAAGUUUUAACCACUCAGAGACCUGAAUACCUGUACAAUUUGUUCCCAAGGAUUUCUGAUGGGAUUUUGGAAAACUAUUCCAGCCUCUAUUCGCUUAAAGGAAAGUAUCGGGACGGUUAA